UCUGGCACUUUCUGGGCGCUGCGAACCUUCUGAACUCGGGCUGGUAGGCCGGAAACGGCGGCGACUGAGCCGCUCCGCAGCCUAGGCGCUGCAGUCCCUCGUGUUCUCAGUGGAGUCCGCACCGCCCGCGCAGAGUCAUGGCCAAGUGGGGCCAGGGCGACCCGCGCUGGAUCGUGGAGGAGCGGGAGGACGGGACCAACGUGAACAACUGGCACUGGACAGAGCGAGAUGCUACCAGCUGGUCCAAGAAGAAGUUCCAUGAGCUCCUGGUGGGCCUGGUGGUGGAGAAUGAAGCUGGCCGCUGUGAGAUCAGUGAGCUCAAGCAGGUGGAAGGCGAGGCUUCCUGUAGCAGCCGCAAAGGAAAGCUGAUUUUCUUCUAUGAGUGGAACAUCAAACUGGGCUGGAAAGGUACAAUUAAAGAAUCUGAUGGGAAGCACAAGGGAUUGAUUGAAAUACCCAACCUUUCUGAAGAAAAUGAAGUAGACGACACUGAGGUGAAUGUGAGUAAAAGGAAAGGAGAUGGGGACAUACUGAAGGAACUUAUGAAAACUGCAGGCACUGCCAGGGUCAGGGAGGCCCUUGGAGAUUACCUGAAGGCACUUAAGACAGAAUUUACAAUAGGAAUGAUUUUACCAACAAAACCAACUCAGGAAUUGACUGUUAAAAGGAAACUGAGUGAGAAUGCAUUGCAGAUUCAGGCUUCCCCUCCAGUGGCAUUGGGUGUAAGGAUCCCCACUGUUGCAUUGCAUAUGACGGAACUAUUUGACACAGCUGUAGAACAGCUGUACCGCAUCUUCACCAUGAAGGAUUUGGUGCAAAAAUUUUCUAAAUCUCCUGCUGUAGUAGAAGCUGAAAAGGGAGGGAAAUUCCAAAUGUUUCAUGGGAAUAUCACCGGUGAAUAUGUAGAACUGUUAACAAACAAAAAGAUCGUCAUGAAGUGGAGAUGUAGGAACUGGCCAGAAGAGCACUAUGCAACAGUUGCAUUGGAUUUUCUGCCUACUCCAGGACAAACUGAAUUACAACUGGACUGUAAAGGAGUUCCAGUCUGUAAAGAAGAAAACAUGAAAUUCUGUUGGCAGAAGCAGCAUUUUGAAGAAAUAAAGAGUUUACUGCAACUGACCACCCUAAAUGGUUGAAUUAGAUUUUAUAAGGGCAUUAUUUUUGUAAGUAGAUAAAAUGUCAAGUUUAUCUCUUAUUACGCCUUUAAAAUAACACUCGAUGUACAUGGAAUGAAAUCCAAGAACUACAUAUCUUAAGGCAAUGUUUACUCUCUACAGCUAGAUUCUGCAUUGAGUGACAAGCACUGUAAAAUUAGGUAUUAGCCUUACCUCCCAGAGUACCGUAGUUAAAGUUGCUCAGUCUUGCUUUUCAGCUGCAGUUUAGUCCAGGAAUACCAAAAGUAAACAGUAGGUUCAUGCUAAAGGUUUCUUAAGAUGUGUAGCUCUCAGGCAUGUCGCGGUGCAGGCAGGUUAGUUGGCUAUAUCAUUAUGGCUUCUCCGUGCCAUUCUUGGUUGGCCUAUAGGCUAAGUUACUUUUCUGACUGCCGCCUUAUAAUGAAAUAGAACAUAGGGUUGAGCAUUACCCAGUCACAAUGUUCUCAUAAAGUUUAAUCUGAGAAGACUGAAGCAACGUUUGUAAACAAAUGAAAAGUCAUCACAAUCAGUUUUAAUUAAGUGCACAGAAUAGCAAUCAGUCAUAUCAAUAAAAAUAAAACAAUUAUUUUUA